AUGCGAGGAUGGCGAGGUAGCAUUGUUCGCUCAACCAUUCCCUUCACGACAUCGCCACGCAAUAACGGCGCCCUCAAGCGAGCAUUCACCGCAGGAAUCUCGACAUCUACGCGUCCGGAUCCAUUCAUCCUUCUUGCCGACCACCUCGCCCAAGUUCGCGGUGCCCUCUUUGAUCUCCUGGGCUCUUCAAGCCCAACCUUGGAUGAAAUAGCGAAAUACUACUUCCUGCAGCCUUCGAAGCAACUACGACCGCUCAUCAUCCUUCUACUCGCCCAGGCCACAAACGGGCUAGGAAAGAACUGGGAAAAGAGGCGGUUGGAGGGUGUUCAGGACCUGGAUUUGCCGCUGUCGCGCGCCGACGUGCUCAACGAUUUCAACCCGAGCAUCCCAACCAAAACCGCGUCAUUCUCAGAAAAGUGGGAUAUACACUCCACGACAGCAGCUAAUCCGACAUCGCAGAAGGAAUGGAACGGUAUCCUUCCCACUCAAACUCGCCUCGCCCAAAUCGUGGAGAUGAUCCAUGCCGCCUCCCUGCUCCACGACGACGUUAUUGAUGAAUCACCCCUUCGUCGCGGCGCCGUCUCCGCUCCCCAGGCAUAUGGAAGCAAGCUUGCAGUGCUGGGAGGGAACUUUAUCCUUGGACGUGCUAGCGCUGCUCUUGCACGCCUGGGUGACCCCGAGGUCGUCGAGCUCAUCGCGAGUAUCAUAUCCAACCUUGUCGAGGGAGAGAUUUUACAAAUGAAGGAGGCGCCGGCCCCAGCGAAUGCUUGGAGGGUGUACCUGCAGAAGACAUACAUGAAGACUGCGAGUCUGAUGGCGAAGGGUGCAAGGGGUGCCGUGGUGCUUGGGGGUUGCACGGAAGGAGAGAUAUAUAGAGAGGUAGCAUACGCUUACGGGCGGAAUUUGGGCAUCGCGUUUCAGCUCGUCGAUGAUAUCCUGGAUUAUGAAGCUGGAGAGGCAACCCUCGGAAAGCCUGGAGGUGCUGAUCUGCAACUUGGACUCGCUACGGGCCCUGCCUUAUUCGCUUGGGAGGAACAUCCCGAAAUUGGACCUCUCAUCGAGAGGAAGUUUAACCAGCCAGGCGAUGUCGAGCUGGCCAGAGACUACGUCCGGAAAUCGUCAGGCGUAGAACGUACUCGCGAUCUUGCCCUUGCAUAUGCCGAACAAGCCCGAGACGUUCUUGUGCCCCUACCCGACAGCGAUGCCAAAGGAGCACUCGAAGCUCUAACUGGACGCGUAGUAAAACGAAAAUCAUAA